AUGGAGCCCUGGCAAUCGUGGGCAGUCGCCCUCAUCGGUGCUGCCGCCGUCUACUACUACUACUUCCAGCACGGCAAGCCCGUCGCCAACAGGACUCGCUCCGCCUCAGUCUCGGACUUUGUCGCUCCCCAACCCAAGGCUGCCCGCCGACGAGACUCGACCAAGCCGAAGCCCAAGACUGAAGCCACCAAGGCUACCGGUGUCACUCUCCCUGAGUUGAGCGUCCAGAGCGGUGAUGACAGCACCACAAAGGUCUCAGAUGGCUCCAAGAAGCGCAAGGCCGGCAAGAAGCAGUCAGCUGCACCCGCUCCCUCCCUCACACCUGCUCCCGCACCCAAGCGUCAGGAGCUCGACGACGAUGUUGCCCAAGAGGAGGACAACAAAGCCUGGGCCCAACAGCUCGCCAGUCUCAAGAAGGGUACUAGCCUUGCUCCUCCCACCCGUACCGACUCGCGCAACAGAACUGUAAAGCAGUCUUCCAAGACCUUCUCUUCCGCCUCGUCCAACGCUGCCGAUGCUGAUGACGACCUUACCCCUUCCAUGUCGCCUUCUUUGGCCGCUGGUGACGUUUCAGACAUGCUUGAGCCCGCCGCUGCUGGCCCGUCCGUCCUCCGCCUUACUGGCUCCAGCAAGCCUACCAAGGCCAACCAGGCCCGUCAGGCACCAGUCCAGCAGGAAGAGACAAAGAAGCAAAGACAGAACCGCAAGAAGGUUGAGGAACGCAGACUUGAAAGAGAGGCUGAGGAGAAGGAACGUCAGACUCUGCUCGAAACUCAACGCCGUACCGCCCGUGAAGCCCGUGGAGAGCCCGCAAAGAAUGGCAUUCCUUCUCAGGCUCCCACCAGCAGCGCCUGGGCCGCUGACAUUGCCAAGCGUGUUGUCCAGGCUCCUUCCGUGGCCGUCACUGGAGAGAACGCCCCUCUGCUCGACACUUUCGACCAGAGUGCCAGCAACGAGGAAGAUCAGCUGAGACUGGCCAAGCAAAUCAGCCAAGACGACUCGGGUUGGAACACUGUGCCCAAGGGCAAGAAGCAGCAGAAGAAGAAGGCUCCCGUCGUCGGUUCCGAGGACUCCAACACUAGUGAUGCUGGCUCUGUGGUCAACGCACCCAUCGAGAAGGCCGCUCCCUUGGCCAAGGUCACUGCUCCUGCACCCAAGGCCGCAGCUAGCUCGACCAAUGGGUACUCGUCCCUCUACGACUCUGGCUACGAUGCAGGCAGCCACCCCGACGACUCUCAGUGGGCUGCCUAA